AUGCAUCGUUGUUGUACCGGAGCAUUAGAAGCUAGCCGGAAGCUUUAUCAAUUUGCAUUGAGAAAGUUUGGAAAAAACGAUGAGGAAAAUUUCGAUUCAGAUGAGCGUACCGCAUUCAGUCAAUCAGCUGAUCGUACACCGGAAUGCGGUGAUGAUGAUUCAUCAUCCGGUGCACGACUUUCGCGUCGAUCAUCCCUUCUUUUGUUAAUUUGUUAA